AUGGCAACAGAGCAGAGCGGAGUAGAAGCUCAGGAGAGCCAAACAAACCAAAUAGCGUCUGGUUUUGUAGGAGCAAUUGAAGAGCAAUACAAGAAGCUCAGAGAUCACGCCGAAGCUUUUCCAUACGUUUGGGGUUCUUACAUUGUCGUCUACGGUACUCUUGCCCUUUGGACAGGUUACAGAUGGAGGAGGCUUAGAAAUACAGAGGAUCGAGUUCGUGGUCUUCAGGCUAAACUUCGGAAACUCGUCGAAGAUGAACAAGCAGCUGUUACAGCUUCCAAAUCUGCUCAAUCAAUCCAACAGUCUUCUUCAGUUCCUGACAAGACACUGCCUUAA